AUGGUGUCUAUCCUUGCGGUGGCCCUCGGGCUCUCUGCCGCUGCCGGGACCCUCGGGUCGCCGACGGUGCCCCUGGGACGGCGGGCGGGCCAGACGGCAACUGUCGUCAUCCCCUCCCCGGAUGCGACCGUGCUGGGGAAUGUGAUGAACGGCGUCGAGUCCUUUGGCGGGAUCCCCUACGCCGAACCUCCCACCGGACAGCUGCGCCUGAAGCCCCCGAAGCGCCGGACCGAGCCCCUCGGGACCUUUGACGCCACCGGUCCGGCCGGGGCCUGCCCCCAGUUCCUCUCCUCGACAGAGAGCCAGGAUUUCCUGUUCAAGCUGCUCGGCACUAUUGCCAACCUGCCUUUUGUCCAGGAAGUCACGGGGCAGAGCGAGGACUGCCUCACCAUCACCGUUGCCAGGCCCGAGGGUACCACCUCCGAGGACAAGCUCCCGGUCCUGUACUGGAUCUUCGGUGGCGGAUUCGAGGUAAUGCCCAGCCUCGGCUGGUCAUCCAUGUACGACGGUACGUCAUUGGUCAACUACGGGGUCGAGAUCGGACGCCCGUUCGUCUUCGUCGCCGUCAACUACCGCGUCGGCGGCUACGGAUUCAUGCCCGGCAAGGAGAUCGAGCAGGAAGGUUCCGGCAACGCCGGGCUGCUGGACCAGCGCAUGGGGCUGGAAUGGGUUGCCGACAACAUCGCCGCCUUCGGAGGCGACCCGGACAAGGUCACCAUCUGGGGCGAGUCGGCCGGCUCGAUCUCGGUGUACGCGCAGAUGGCCCUCUUUGACGGCGACAUCGAGUACGGCGGUAAGGCGCUCUUCCGAGGUGCCAUCAUGAGCUCCGGGUCCGCCGUGCCGACCAACCCCCUCUCCUCGGACCGCGGACAGGCCGUCUACGACCAGGUGGUCGACGCCGGCGGCUGCGCCGGCGCCGACGACACGCUCGCCUGCCUCCGGGCCCUCAGCGCCGAGGACUUCCUCAGCGCCACGACUGCGGUGCCCCACCUCCUCUCCUACUCCUCGCUGGCGCUCUCGUACGUGCCCCGGCCGGACGGCCGCACCCUGACGGACUCGAUGGACGCCCUCGUGCUGGCGAACAAGUACGCUCCCGUGCCCAUGAUCGUCGGCGACUGCGAGGACGAGGGGACGCUCUUCGCCCUCUUCCAGCCCAACCUGACCACGCCGGCCGAGCUGGCCGACUACCUCCACCAGUACUACUUCGGGGCCGCCACCCCGGCGCUCCUGGAGGAUCUGAUCGCCACCUACGGGACCGGCAUCGCGGCCGUGACGGACAACAGCCCGUUCGGCACAGGCCUGCUCAACGAGGUCUUCCCCGGCUUCAAGCAGCGGGCGGCCAUCCUGGGCGACCUCGUCUUCACCCUGACCAGACGGCUGUUCCUCACCGUCACCGCCGGCGUCAACCCGGACACCCCCUCGUGGUCGUACCUGCUGUCGCAGAACAAGGGGACGCCCAUCCUCGGGACCUUCCACGCCUCCGACCUCCUGCAGGUCUUCUACGGCGUCAACGACAACUACGCCGCCAAGAGCAUGCGCUCCUACUUCAUCAACUUUGUCUACUCGCUCGACCCGAACGGGGACGGCGACACCGGCUUCCCCGACUGGCCGAGGUGGGACGAGGCCCACGAGAUGGCCCACGUCUCGGCGGGCAGCUCCUCCAUCCUGGCCGACAACUUUAGGGAGGACAGCUACAACUGGAUAGUGGAUAACCUGGCUAUUCUGCGCCUCUAG